GGAGGGUAUCGUGUCCAGGUACAUUUAAAUUCAUCCCCCUCUCGCCCGUCUUUCGAUCGAGCGCGACAUCUUCACUCACAUCAUCAAAAAGCGGCACUCCACACUCACAGCGUCUCCCCGCAUACUGCCACCAUGAGCUCAGAUCAGAUCGUCUUGCUUGACAUCCCGACCCGGGAGCCACGCACCUGCUGGUCGCUCAAUCCGUGGAAGACUCGGAUGCUCCUCAACUACAAGGGCCUGGACUACAAGACCGAAUGGGUUGAAUACCCCGACAUCAAGGGCCGCCUGGAGCCACACGUGCCCCCCAACCCGGAGGGAACCCCCUACACCCUCCCCGCCAUCCGGCUAUCAGACGGUAGCUACACAAUGGAGAGCCGCGCGAUCGCCGAUCAGAUCGAGGCCCUGCACCCUUCCCCGCCAGCGCACCUCGACUCGCCGGCGCUGGCCAAGCUGCAGACGCUCGUGCCGCGCCUGCAGGUCGCGCUGAGGCCGGUCUACAUGCCGCGCGUGCCGCGGCUGCUGCUGGCGGACGUCAGCGCGGCGUAUUUCCGCGCGACGCGCGCGGCGCUGGUGGGGAUGGAGCUGGACGCGUUCGAGGCGGCGAAUCCGGAGGCGGGCGUGUGGGACACCGUGGAGCCGCUACUGAGGGAGGUGACGGCGCUUUUGGAGGAGGAGGGUGGCCCGUUCUUCUUGGGCGCGCAGGUGAGCUAUGCGGAUUUUGUGUGGGGUGGGCUGCUGUUGUUUUAUGAGCGGCUUGGCGCGCUCGAGGAGCUGUUGAGGCGGUCUGGCAAUGCCGAGGUGCAUCGGCGGCUGCUGGAGGGGCUGCAGCCGUGGACGAAGAGGAAUGCGGACUGAGCCAGCCAGAGGGUUGGCGGGGGGAGGGGAAG